UAAAUGUUCAUAAUAAAUAAGUAUACUAUUCUAAAUAAUUUUAUACCCAAUGGUGUACAAAGAGCGUAUGCUUCGACCGCGAUGGAAUGUAUGGAGUAGAAAGUUCAUACGAUUAGGUUAUAUUUAAAGUAUUUAUCUAUUAAUUGAAUGUCGAUUCAUCGUAGUUAAUUGUAACGGUGCUCUAUAUAGUGACAGACGUAGUUACAACAUGCGACAAUGAAGAAACUCAACGAAUUAUUCUCAAUUUGCUUCCUGUUGUACUGUUUGUAUGGUGUUUGUACGACUCAUUUGCUCAUAAACGUUAAAAAUCAGGGUGGUGAUAUUCUAUUAGAAACAAUUUCAUCCAAUGUAACUGAAGAUGUUAUCACUUUAGAAUUUCAAUGUUCAGAUGGCACUUUGGUGACACAACUUAUUGACUUUAAAAAUGAAGUACAGAUUAUAAAAGCACUAGUUCUUGGAGAAGAAGAACGUGGUCAAAAUCAAUAUCAAGUCUUGUGCUUUGUUAAUCAUUUUUUCAAAGUAGACUUUAUAUCCUCUGAUGCAAUGUCUAAAUUACGACAAAAGAAUCCAGGCACAGUACGUGUUGCAGAAGAAGACAAAGGCCAUGUGAAUUAUACCAUGGAUUUGUUCUUAGAUGUAUCAGAAUCAAAAGAUAUUUCAAAACAUAUUGCAACUCUUUGUGGAGAAGCAGCAGGAUCUGCUUAUACCAGAAAUGAAGACAUAAAACAAUGGAUUCAGAGACCUGGUUCUUCUGAACUUCCAUUGAUGGCAGCUGUAUACAACUUCAGCACAAAUUCAUUAACGCAACAAGGUACAAAUGAUUCGAAAUCAUUGUUUGUUACAAGGUGUGCUGACACAUCAAAUAUGUGGGCACCUUGUACCUGUUCAUUAGAAUUAUGUAUCGGUUGGUAUCCGUGUGGUUUAAAAUUUUGCAAGGGGAAAGGUGAUGGAAAAAAGGCAGUUACACCUUAUAAAUGUGGCAUUAAAACUUGUAAGAAGUGUUUUAUAUUCUCAUAUUAUUCUAAAAUGAAACAGAACUGUUUAUGGGAUGAAUGACACAUAAGAAAUCUGUAGGUAUAUAGGAUUCUGUGAAUAGAAAAAGGUAGAGUUAGUUAAAAUGUGGGAAGGUUAAAUUAUCUUCUAUAUAAUAACUUAUUAUUUUCAUAACAACAGGAAAAGGUGUAUAAUACAUUUCUAAUUAAUAUUUAAAAAAGAUUUUUUUGGGGUUUUAAAGUUGCAUUUAUCUGACAUUAAUCACUUAACAUCUACAGAAGAAAAUAAUAAUUUCAGAAAAAUAUUUUUUAUAAUUUAUGUACAUUAAACAGAUCAUGAUUGAUCUCAUCAAAUUCUAAGGCUUAUUGCACGUGUACAUAUAAAUUAUUUGAAUAAUUCUGUAGCUU